UGAUUGUAUCAUCAUCUUUCAUAAGAUUCACCUUAACGUUGUCGUGAUCAUUCCACUCUGCGGGCUUGGACAGUGAAAACGAAAUAUUUCUUCAGAGUUUUUGUCACAUUGAAACCACAGUUAGAAAGAUGUACAGCAAGCUUAUUCUUCUGCUGGUCAUCAUUCAUAUCAGCACAAUUGACUCAAAGUCUACAAAUGCAUUUAGAAUGAAAAAAGACAAUGAAAGAUACUUCGUGCAAGAUUACUUCAUAAGCAGUCUCUUCCGCAAAAGAAAAUCUUCUAUUUCGACUGCCAAACCUGAUGAUUCACUUGUUGUUGAGACAAACGCUGGAAAAGUUCAAGGUUUUAUAGAGAACUCCAGUUUCCCUGGUAAAAGGAUACAGAAAUUCCUUAACAUACCAUAUGCUGAGCCACCAGUACGAUUUGAAAAAGCCAAAGAAAUAAAGAAACGUUGGGAUGAUAAAGUUUACAACUUAAAUCCAAAAAAAGCAAUAUCAUGUCUACAGAAAGAUAAUUUCCCUUACUUCGACGAAACCGAGGAUUGUUUAAUACUCAAUGUUUGGACACCACAUCCCAGGCCUAAAAACGCCUCAGUGAUGGUCUUCAUUCAUGGUGGUGCAUUCAAAUAUGGUAGUUCGCACGAAUAUCGUUAUUCUGGUUCAAAUUUUGUUGCAAUGGGAGACGUUAUAUUGGUGACUCUUAACUACAGAGUGAGUGUUUUUGGUUUUCUGUCAGAUCCGGAAAAGGGAAUCAAAGGUAAUCUUGGUCUGUUUGACCAACGGUUGGCCAUGAAAUGGGUGAAGAAAAACAUCGCAGCAUUUGGUGGUAAUCCUGACGCAAUCACAUUGUUUGGGGAAAGUGCAGGAUCAGUAUGUGUUUCUGCUCAUACCUUAUCUCCAGAAAGCUGGGAUUAUUUUGAUCGCGCAAUACUGGAAAGUGGUAACAUGCUUAUGUAUUGGUCAUUAUCAACUGAGAAAGAUAACAAAAUUAAAACUAUGGAAUUUCUCCAAAUUGUCGGCUGCGACAACAGUGCGAAUACAAAAAAAUGUUUGCAAGAAAACGUCACUUUAGAGACAUUUGAAAAGUACCUAAAUAGAAAAGUGGAUUUCAUGUUCACACCAGAUGUUGACGGUGACUUUUUCAAAGAUCAUCCUCGAUUCCUGUUUACACAGGGUAAAGGAAAGCCAUGUCCCAUGAUUUUUGGCACGCUCAAAGAUGAAAUGUUCUUUACCACUUCUUUCAUCCUCAGUAACACAAGAAAUAUCACCGAGAUCAGUACAACAUUUAACGAAACUCUUCGUGAAACAUUAAGUCACCAUCCCCGUUUUUACGAAGUCGCCCAAAAACUUUAUUUAUCCGAAUGCACGCCGUCGUUUACUGAAGCCUACCGACCCUUGGUCAAUUUCCUAACAGACUGGGCAUUCACGUGUCCAGAAAAGGAAGAAUCACUUCUCCGAGUAAGAAUUUUUCCAGAACAACCUGUUUAUGUUUUCCAGUAUGCAUACGCAACAGCAGUACCAGGUACUUAUCCCACAGGAACGUUUGGCUUUGCAGCACACGGACUUGAUUUAGCUUCCGUAUUUGGUGUUCCUUUCAAAAAAGAGCUUCCGUAUUCUGAUGAAGAUAACACACUGUCUGCUAGAAUGAUUUUAUACUUCACUAAUUUUGCAAAAACUGGAGAUCCAAACUCGCCUCUAUCUAAACUACCGAAGGAUUUUAAAAUUUAUACCACACCGGAUCACGCCAACUUUUCACUUCCUCAUUGGCCACCUCAUACCAUAGAAAAAGAAGAGUAUUUGGAUUUUGAAAGCUUAGAAAAGAUGGAAGUGAAAUAUGAAUUACGCCAAAAAUACUGCGAAUUUUGGGAUACCCCUUUGUAUGCUUUACAUAGAUCAACGUAUUUUUAGUUCUUUUUUAUUGUUUAAACUUUGGGAUCUUACAUAAAUAUGAACAUUAUCGUGUUUCGUGUUAAUGACAUAAACAUUUGAUGUCUUGCAAAUAAAAUUUUUUCAUUGUUCACUUCUA